AUGUGUGCUGGCAAACGUGAGCCUGAAAAGGAAGUAGAGGCUCAAAGAUGGAUUGAGGCUGUGAUUGGGGAGCAGUUCCCGGCUGGUCUGCCUUACGAACUAGCACUGCGAGAUGGGAUCAUCCUGUGUAAACUGAUGAACAGACUGCAACCGGGAAUAAUCCCCAAAAUCAAUGUCUCCGGCGGCGACUACAAAUUCAUGGACAAUAUUAGCCAAUUCCAAAAAGCCUGCAUAAAGUACGGUGUACCAGACGUAGACCUUUUCCAAUCUACCGAUCUUUGGGACCAGAAAAACAUUUCCCUAGUCACACAAACAAUUUUCGCUAUUGGCAGAACGACACACAAGCAUCCUGAAUGGCGUGGUCCCUGGUUAGGUCCUAAACCCGCUGAAGAAAACCGUCGGGAAUUCAGCGAAGAUGUUCUCCGAGCUGGAGAAUCCGUGAUCGGUCUACAGGCUGGUACAAACAAAUUGGCAUCACAGUCCGGACAAAACUUUGGUGCUUCUAGAAAGAUCAUACUCGGCAAGUGA